AAGCUUUUCGUACACAUACUCAUAAUUCCAAAAUUUCUGAAUUAAAACUUGUUAGACUUUUAACUUGCCUUUUUUCUUACUAUAUAAAACUAUAUAGUAUUCUAUAUACCAAAAUAUUCUUUCCUCCUUCUUCCUUUUUCUCCCCCAUAAUAAUAAUAAUUAUCAUCUAUUUCAGCGCCCAUUUUGGCCAUUUUUCUUCUGCAACUUCUUAUUACAUACUAAUACUAUACAACACAGAGAUAUUUGUACAUAUAGAAUAUUAUUCGUAUAGCAUAUGAGCAGAGUUGAAGUGGAAUUGAAUUAAAGGUAGAUAGACACAAUUUAGAGGUGAGACGAGAUUCUUCAUUUGGCAAUUUUUCUGAAAGAGAUAAUUAUGUGUGAACCGGAGUCUGAAGCAACUCGUGGGGUUCUUAGUUUUCUCGAUGUGGACCAACUUUUCAGUUCCAACUAUUACGGCGAUGGUAGAAAGCAUGACGUUGAGAUAUGUCAUGAACAAUAUGCCAGAGAAAACCAGUAUCACACAUCAUAUUGCAAUGUUGACAGUGAUGAGGCUAUUGCUCAUCUUUUACAAGAAGAAUUGUCAGAGUUGUCCAUCGCAGAAGAUGCUGAAUCUUCACAUGCAGAUGAGCAGUAUUUUCAAGCCUCCACUGGUGUACAACAUUGGCAUACUCCUCCAAGGGAGUACUAUGCCGGGCAUGACACUGGUCUAGAAGCUGAUGAUGUGGGGCCUUCAAGUUCUUGUUCUAGUCCUGGCGACAGAUCAUACGAUGGAGAAGAGUAUACCUACACAUUGGAAAUACAAGAUGAAUUUGAGCUUGAUGGAGAAGUAGGGAAGAGAAUAAACCAGCUGAGUGCUGUUCCUCAUGUUCCUAGAAUAAAUGGAGACAUACCUUCAGUCGAUGAAGCAACUUCUGAUCAUCAAAGGCUGCUAGAUAGAUUGCAAUUAUUUGACUUGGUGGAGCACAAAGUGCAAGGAGAUGGCAACUGUCAGUUCCGUGCUUUAUCAGAUCAAUUCUAUCGUACACCGGAGCACCACAAAUUUGUCAGACAGCAAGUAGUCAGUCAGCUUAAACAUCAUCCAGAGAUGUAUGAGGGAUAUGUCCCAAUGGAAUAUGGAGAGUACUUGAAGAGGAUGUCCAAGAGUGGGGAAUGGGGCGAUCAUGUUACGUUGCAGGCUGCUGCUGACUCGUAUGGUGUGAAAAUUCUCGUUAUAACGUCAUUCAAGGAUACAUGUUACAUCGAGAUUCUUCCGAAGAAUCAAAAGUCAAACAGAGUCAUAUACUUAAGUUUCUGGGCAGAGGUGCACUACAACUCAAUCUAUCCUCAAGGAGACUUCCUGCCAUUUGAUCUUAAGAAGAAGAAGAAGAAGUGGAGUUUCUGGAACAAGCAUUAAGAGUUCUGGACCUAUUCAAAGGCAAACACUUAAAUACAACGUCAUCAUUCUGGCUUUGAUACACAGCUUCUGGUGCAAGACUUACAUUUCAUUCUUUUCUUCUUUGAUAAACAAUACUUACUUUUCAUUCAUAUAAUAAUUGUUCACAUAAUUAUUACAGUAUAGCAUAGUCAAUAGUUUUAUCAGUUGCAUAAUAAGAUCAUAUUGUUGUAUAGACAUCUUGUUUUUCUUAAAACAUUGUGCUCCACAUGCACAUCUCUCCAAUUA